AUGGUGGGAUGCAUGCGCAGCUCAGGCGACGCGGCUGCGCCGCAGAGGGUGCGGAUACAGUCCUUUGAGGAGAUCCUCGCAGCUGUCCGAUCUGGAGCAAUGCCGUCCGUAAUGCCAGCGCGCGCUGGCUCAGCGCUGCCACGCGUAGCAGGCGGCUUCACUCUGCCAGCCCGUUCUCUGUAUGACUCUGGUUACAGGGGUCAGAAUUUUGGCCCCUCCGGUGAAGACUGCCCACCGGCUCACCCGGAGAUGCUGGAGCGGGCGAAGGAAGAAGCGAGGAGAACUGAAGAGCAAGGUCGGCUCGCGGCCAAGAGGGGCCCGAUCAACGGUCCCCCAGGUCUUCCCAGCGGAGUAGUGGUGGUCGAGCAGAAAUACGUGGACUUCUUGCUGGGCCCGGGAGGCCAGUCACUGGCAGCUAUCAAUCACGCUGCCGGGGUCAACGUGAUCCUUGACCAGAGCCACAAGUUCUCUGGGUAUAGCCUCGCGAACAUCUAUGGUUCGGAGGACAAAGUGAAAAAUGCGAAGCUGGCCAUUGACUUCAAGCUCUCUCAAUGGCUUCCGCUCAAGGAACGCCGGCUUUCCGGGGGAGCUGUGUCCAGCCAACCGCAGCCCCAGACCUCAAGCAGAGAGUCCGGAUUGUGGUUUCGUUCUGGAAGCUAUCAGCAGCCACCCAGAGAAGCACAACCAGCGGCGAUCAUGGACACAGGCACUGGUGGCACGCCCAAAGAGUUCGCGGCAUCAAAGAGCUCCGCUCAAGCCACCGGCGGCCUCCUGUGA